AUGAAGAAUCGAUUCAAUUUGAUAUUUUGGAAAGACUUUGAUUGCAAGGACUUAAGCAAAGGAAAGACCAGUGAGAAAAUCAGUGAAAACUGGAAAUUUUUUUGGUUCUGCAAUAUUGUCAUGGAGAUUAUAGAGCUCUACAAGUCCAAGAAGUGCGUCUCUUUGUUUGAAAAUCAGGUAAAAUUAGGUGAUGGGAAUACGACCGAUGAUAUAAUAAGUGAAUUAUGUGAUGAUAUUCUUAUCAUGAUAUUGGAUUUUCUCACACUCAAAGAAGCGGUCAGAACCAGUGUUCUUUCACGCAGAUGGCAACAACUUUGGCAAUUUUUUUCAGGUAGUUUCAGUUUUGAAGCUAGUUAUAGCAGGGGUUUGAACAAGGAGAAGCUGAAAACGGAAAGGAGUAGGUUUGUGGGAAGGAUCAACAAAGUUCUAAACUCACAUCAAGUUUCAACCAUGCUUGAGUUGAGAGUUUCUUUCGACUUAGGCAAGCAUUCGAAAAGUUAUGUGGAUGAGUGGAUUGGCAUCGCAUUGAAGAAGAAGGUUAAAAAGCUUGAACUGGCAUUCGAACCAUAUUUCACAAGUUAUCAUAAGCUUCUUUAUACGUGUUACCGCAUCUCAAAAGAAAGCUUUUCAUGCUUCACAACCUCUUCUGGUUCACCUGGAACUCUGUUCCUUAGGUGUCUUUCUUUACAAUAUGUUGGGGUAAGUGAUGAGAAUGUGGAGUAUAUUCUUUCCAGUUGUCCCAUGCUUGAGAGCUUGCAUGUGAGAAUGUCACCACUGCUUAGAGAUCCUAAAGUUACAGGUUCAUCAUUGCGGUUGAAACACUUGAACAUACAAAGCUGUGAGUUUGUCCAAAGUAUUGAGGUUUAUGCACCAAAUCUUGCUUCAUUUGAAUAUUAUGGAAAGGAAAUACCAUUGCAUGUAAGGUAUGCGCCCAAACUCCAUGAAGUAUGUUACUUUGAUCCACUAAACUACAGCAUUCCACAUGCCUUUUCCCAGCUAGCAAAUUAUCUUCCUCAGUUAGUGAGUCUGACGCUAAACACGUCCUUUGAUUGGGUAAAAAUCGAAUGAAUCCUUUCCCUUCCAUUCCCGACCCUUUUUGUUUUCUUUUACUUGAUAAUUAUUUAAAAAAAAAAGACUAAUAAGUUGUCUGGUCUGCAAAUUUUUCGAUCACAGCCGA